AUGCAUAGUCUCCUGGCAAGGACGUUGACGAGGGUGGGCUUUGCGAAGCCCACGCGUUUGGUGAAGCCAGUGGCGGUGUUCCAGAUCUCGGACCGACCGCUCGUUCACCAGGAAGGCCUACCCAAACUGCCGGUCCCACCGCUCAAACAGACAUGCGAGCGAUACCUGGCUGCGUUAGAUCCCCUUGUUAGUGAGGAGGAGCUAAGUCACACUCGAGAGCUGAUCGCCGAGUUCCUCCGCUCCGGAGGGGUGGGGGAGAGACUGCAAAAAGGCUUAGAACGCAGGGCACGCAAGACUGAGAACUGGCUCUCUGAGUGGUGGAUGCAGUCUUACCUGGACUCACGGAUGCCCGUGGCCGUUUACACCAGCCCCGGCGUCAUAUUACCCAGAAUGCACUUCCACGAUCGGCAGGGACAGAUGAGGUUUGCAGCCAAACUGAUAGCAGGUGUUUUGGACUUCAAAGCCAUGAUUGACAAUGAGACAUUGCCAGUAGAGUAUCUGGGUGGGAAACCUCUGUGUAUGGACCAGUAUUACCAGGUGCUGUCGUCGUGUCGCAUACCCGGACCCAAGAAAGACAUGGUCGUCAAUCAUGCCAUCGGAAAAACACCUCCGACUCACAUAACAGUGGUCCACAAUUUUCAGUUCUUCGUUCUGGACGUGUACAACAGUGACGGCAGCCCUCUGACCGUAGACCAGAUUUACGCUCAGUUGGAGAAGAUCUGGAACUCUUCUCUGCAGACCAAUAAGGAACCCAUCGGUAUCCUGACGUCCAACCACCGCAACACCUGGGGCAAAGCAUACAACAACCUCAUCAAGGAUAAGACGAAUAAGGAGUCUGUGCGUGCGAUUGAGAAGAGUAUCUUUACCGUGUGUUUGGACGCACCCAUGCCCCGCGUGUCUGACGAGCUCUACCACAGCCGGGUGGCCGCACAGAUGCUUCACGGCGGAGGGAGUCGUUGGAACAGCGGAAACCGCUGGUUUGAUAAGACCUUGCAGUUUAUCGUCGGAGAGGACGGCUCCUGUGGCCUGACGUAUGAGCAUGCUCCAGCGGAGGGCCCGCCCGUUGUGUUCUUAGUGGAUUAUGUGGUCGAGUACAUGAAGAGAACGGAGAUGGUUCGAGCUCCCAUGAUUCCUCUGCCCAUGCCUCAGAAGCUCCGUUUUAACAUAACCCCCGAGGUCAAAAAGGACAUAGAGAAAGCCAAGCAGAACAUGAACAUAAUGGUCCACGAUCUGGAUGUCAGAGUCACGUCGUUCACUCAUUACGGAAAAAAAUUCCCCAAGUCACAAAAAAUGAGCCCGGACAGUUUCAUCCAGAUGGCCCUGCAGCUGGCCUACUACAGGAUGUACCAAGUGUGCUGUCCUACUUAUGAGAGCGCCUCCCUCCGCAUGUUCAAAUUGGGUCGGACCGAAGCCGUCCGCUCCACCUCCAUAGAGUCUCUCAAAUUCGUUCAAGCCAUGGAUGAUCAGUCGGUACAGAAUGCAGAUAAGGUAGCACUGCUGGGGAGAGCCAUUAAAUCUCAUCGGGCCUAUCUUGACAUGGCCAUCCAUGGUCAGGCCAUAGACAGACAUUUGCUGGGACUGAAGAUGCAAGGGAUUGAGGAUCUGACUUCAAUGCCGGACAUUUUUAUGGAUACGUCUUACGCCGUGGCUAUGCACUUUAACCUCUACACUAGCCAGGUUGGAUCCAAGACGGACUGUUUUAUGUGUCUUGGGCCCAUGGUGCCAGAUGGCUACGGCGUGUGCUACAAUCCCAUGGAUGACCACAUUAACUUCUCGGUGACAGCUUUCAACAGCUGCGAGGAAACCAACGCUACCAAACUUUCCAGGUUUUUGGAGGAAGCGUUACUGGACAUGAGGACCCUGCUGGAGCAGACACCCAGGUCUAGCCAAUAA